AAUCCCAAUCCCCAAUCUUUACCAAAUCCAAGAAUAAAUUCCCCAAUCUCGAUUACGAGUUCGAUAGCAAUUUGUGUAACCCGAUUAAGAAUAUAAUAAAGAUCAGAGCUUUUUGUGCGAAUGAUUCCUGUUUUUUUCAACUGACCAGGAGCGUGGCUUUAAUGGCGGCCGGGUCGGGCCGGACCAUAUCGAGUCGGGUCGGGUCGACGCGGAGGGUGAAUGAAAAUUGCAGUUAAUGGACUCAACCGACAGACUAUAUAAUAGUUAUAGACUCUCUCUUCAGGUCCAUAUUUGCUCGCGGCGAAGAAUCUCAAAUUCGUUCUCUUUCCGGCUUUCUCGAGAAUUCUUUGACAGGAAUUUCAAAUUCAAGGAGAAGAAAUUGAUAAGAAAUAGCUCCAUAAUCUCUGGUUUCUCCGAUGCUGUAGCCGCCGGAAAAUCCGAGCAGCAAAUGCAAGAAUCCAAGGCAUCCUCUGCCAACCGCAGCUUCUACCGCCGAAAGCCGAUGCCUCAGAUUGAGCCAUUCUUCACUCUGGAGUCGACGCCGGCCGCCACUGACUAUGCCGCCGCCUACAAUUCCCCAUCCGCCGCCAGCGUCUCCUCCAGCCGGAGCCCCUUCUCCCCCGAUCUCCAUCAAUCGAACAUCAGCAACUACGGCUCGCCCUUGAGCGAGUCGUCCAUAGUCGACGACGACAGCAAGCUGAUGCACGCAUUUUGGGUUCUCCGGAACGAAUUGUACCCGCCGGAGUUCAAUUUCGAUAAUUCCACCUCAUUCUCCGGCCAGCCGUCGUCGUUCAGCCGGUACAACCGAACCCUCGAAAUGGCACCCCGAAUGGACCUCAAACAGCUGCUCACAACGUGCGCCGAGACCGUCGCCGAAGCCGACUCCGAUCGAGCAGUCGCCGGAUCUGCUGCCGAAGCCCUCUUCGACAUUUUGGAGAAAAAGGUUUCUGUCUCCGGCGAUCCGUUGCAGAGAUUAGGCGCUUACAUGCUCGAAGGUCUCCGAGCACGGCUCUUGUCCUCCGGCAGCGCAAUCUACCGGAAACUUCGAUGCAACGAACCGACCGGCCCCGAGCUCAUGUCGUAUAUGCAUACGAUAUACGAGCUUUGCCCGUAUUACAAAUUCGCGUACGCUUCAUCGAACGCGAUCAUCGGCGAAGCGAUGGAGGGUGUCGACAGGAUCCAUAUUAUCGACUUCCAAAUCGCGCAGGGAAGCCAAUGGGUGUCGUUCAUUGAGUCCGUCGCCGGCCGACCCGGUGGCGCGCCGACUGUCCGGAUAACGGGCGUCGACGACUCCGACUCGAUUCAUGCGCGCGGCGGAGGGUUAAAUCUCGUCGGGCGACGUUUAUCGGAAGCGGCGAAGUCGUGCGGCGUCCCGUUCGAGUUCCACGGCGCGGCGAUUUCUGGAUCGGAGGUUCGACCGGAGAAUCUCGACAUCCGACGCGGCGAGGCCUUGGCGGUGAAUUUUCCGUAUGUUCUCCACCACAUUCCCGACGAGAGCGUGAGCACGGCGAACCACCGCGACCGCCUCCUCCGGCUGGUGAAGAGCCUCUCGCCAGAGGUGGUGACGCUCGUCGAGCAGGAGUCGAACACCAACACGGCGACGUUCUUCCAGCGAUUCUCCGAGACGCUCGACUACUACACGGCGAUGUUCGAGUCGAUCGACGCGGCGCGGCCGAGGGACGACCGGAUGAGGAUCAAUGCCGAGGAGCAUUGCGUGGCGAAGGACGUCGUGAAUAUAAUCGCGUGCGAAGGGGUCGACCGGGUCGAGCGGCACGAACUGUUCGGGAAGUGGCGGUCGAGGCUGUCGAUGGCGGGGUUUCAGCAGAUUCCGGUGAGUCCGUCGGCCGGAAAAGCCGCCGCCGGCGUGUUGAAAGAGUACAGCAAAGAUUAUGGGCUGGCUGAGGGCAAUGGUGCACUUUUUCUUGGAUGGAAAAACAGGGCUUUGUCCUCUGUUUCGGCUUGGAGAUGACGAUGAUGAUCGAACCUAGGAAUCGUCGAAGGUGGUAUAUCUAUGUGUAUGUAUAUGUAUUUUACGUGUAUGAAUACGGUUUCAAGUGUAGAUUUACUGAAUAAUAAUUACCCUGUGUAAGGAUGAAGGCUGAUUAGUACUAAACUGUAUGGUUAAAAUAGAAUUUUUUUUUUAAAAAACACUCUCUUAAAAUAUUGAUUUGAAAUGAUAAUUUAAGUUUUAUUUACAAUAUAAUUAUAUUGAAUUA